CCACGUUUCCAUCAUACGUCUGGCAGAGGUCACGUGGCCGCGCGGGUGUUUACAGAGGGCCGAGACAUUUUCCCUCAUUGGGGCGCUUUAUGACGGCCCUCCCCGGGAGCCACCACUGCCAAGCCCCGCGGGAGCUGACGCUGGUGGCGGCGGGGGUGUUGCAGGCGCUGUCACUGCACCGGGCGCGGAGGAAGGCGGCGGAGAAGGGAGGAGCGGCCGCGUCACCAGAGUCUUGGGGCCUAGGCAAGAUGGCGACCCCUGGCCCUGUGGCGGUCUGAAAAUAUAAAUCAUAAUGGACCACAGCUAUGUAAGCCGUCAGCAUCCACCUGUGGAUCAGGAGUCAUCCAGCACCAUACCAAGAUCUCCUGUAAGCCGCAGAACUGGACGGUCUCGGAGUGUUUCUGAAUCUGGCCAUGGCCCAGUUUCUUCGCCAGAUGGGUCUUUGAGACUGUCGGCUUUGGCAACACCAGGACGCAUAUCAAGCAGUUCCCAGCAUGACUCUCAGACACGAUCUGAACGUCCAAGGAAAUCUAGGUAUUCAAGUGGAAAAGGUCAGAGCAGUGGCCGUAGUGUUCGAGAGGGAAGAUUACCGCAUGCAGAAGGUGGACAAGGAAGAUUGCACAUUUAUAAGCCAGGAUCUUUAGGGUCAGAGGAAGAAGAUGGAAUCCCUCCAGAACCUAAAAAAUCAAAGGUGAAUCCUCUUCCUGACAUCAUGCAUGACUGGGAGAUCAUUGUAAAGUCCCUGAAGGCCAAUGAGCGACGAGAAAAGUUAGAAGUUACAAAAGCUUCUAGUUCAGCCUCAGAAAAAAAUUAUGGUGUGUCAGACUCUUCUCAUUGUGAAAGAAAAGCUUCAGAAGAAAGUAUUUCUGUAAAUCGAAAAUUAGACUUUUUAAAUUCAGAGAAAAUUCAGGAUUCGGGUGAACCAAAAUCUGGGAGCAGAAAUGCAGAAGCUGAUAGUGACAAGGAGAAUACUAAGUUAGGUGAAAGUGUAGACACAGAAUGUAGAGAUGAUCAAGCAUCUUCUGUUAAUAAUGAAAGUGGAGAAUCAUCACACUUUGAAAAUGGUGAGCAAAGUAUGGAGAGCUCAGGAGCCCGUAAUAUUGAAGAAUCCUCCUUGAGCAACAUUGCAAAAGGGCAACUGAAACCUGCUGCAAAGUUAUCUGAGAAAGUUGAAAACCAGAGUGAUGUUUCUGAUGUAAGUAAGACUGAAAAGCCAGAAAUUAAUUUGUCACAUGUGGAAGUUUUAGACAAAAAACAUUUAGGAAGUAAAGAGGAUGAAGUAUCAGAAAAAAAUAUAACUUCCAUUUCUGUUAGAAAUGCUCAAGGAAACUGUGAAGAACGUAAAGACGUGGAAACAAAGGAUUCCAGUAAUGAAGAUUGUGGACAAAAGAGUUCUGAUGUCAAAAGGAGAGAUUUUUCUAGGUAUGCCAGUGCAGAGACCUCUGAUAAACCCUCGGGUCCUACAGGUAGACAGCACUUCUCUAAAGACUUUAGCCUUCGUAGAACUUCAGUUGAAGAAACAAAUACAUGUAGUUCAGACACAUCUGACAUCGCAGAAAGAGAGAGUUUUGUCCAAUCAUUUAAGAGGAAGUGUGGGCUGUCUAUGAAAGGAAAAAGAGAUGAAUUUUUGUCAAACGAAGAGUUAGCUAGCAGUAAUAAUCAGGGGCUUACUGUACCUGAGUUUUCAGUAUGUACUGGUAAAAAGAGAUCUACAAUGAAAAAAGAGCCUUCUCACUAUGCUGAGUGUAUUGAGGAUGAAAUGUCAAGGGAGAUACUGCAUUCUGGAUAUGUUAAAGGUAUUCUUGAUACUGGACAGAAAAGUGAAAAGAGAUCUCAUAGAGAAGGAAAAUACAAGUCAGAUAGUAAAAUUAGGGAUUGCAAAGUAAUUUUGGAAAGAGGCCAUGAAGCUGGAUGUGAAAGUUUUAGGAAAAGUGAAACCUUGCAAACGAGUAGUGGAAGUGGAUUUGAGCAGGCUAACAAACAAGGACCAGAAAUGAGUACAACAAAACAGAGACAAAGAACCUCAGAAAGUGUUGUGGAAGGAAGAGCCCAAGGGAAGACCAUCAUAACAAAGUGUGAAUUUGAGGAUCUUUUUGGGUCAGUUGAGGAGGAAAAAAUUGCUGCUAAUGACUUUGAAGGAUUUCAUAAAUCAUCAUUUGAAAAUAUUUGGGAGAGUGGGGAUGAGGAAGUUGAAGCAUUUGAAGGGUUUGCUUCAGAUGACACUGCAUCAAAAAUGGAACACUUUUCAAAACAAAACUACACUUAUCGGGGUAAAGACAUAGAAAAUCUUAGUGAGUUGGGUGAUGGAAAAAAAGUAAGGAAUGGAAAAGUGAAAUAUGAUGCCAAAAAAGUUUGCCAUGAAUGCCAUCUAAUGUUCAAAACAAAGGAAGAAAGAUGCCAACAUUACCAUGUUGGUCAUAAGAGGGUGUAUGAGUGCAUGUUAGAUGAAGGAAACUGUGGAAAGAGCAUUGGUGCUGUACAAUAUCACUCUCAUUUGUGGGACCGCCAUGAUUAUCUUGUUAAAAGAAUGAUUGAGGACCUUACUGCUGAUGUUGCAUUUUGUACAUUAGUUGGCUCAACAUCAGACACUCUUGGUCCGUGUCGAGUGUGUUUCUGUAUGCUUGCACAGCCAGUACGGCAACUCCAUGAAGUCCUAGUUCAUGGGCUGAUGUCCAGUAUGCUGACUUUAGGUACAAGCUCCCCACAGGCAAGUGUGUGGUGGACAGGAAGAGGCUUAGCCUGGACCUGCCACCAGUGUUGUGCUUCUAACUCAUCUGGUCAGAAUCCUAGAUAUCUCUUGUUGUUAUGUGCUCCACAUGCCUUUCCCAAAAUAUUAGCAAACCAUUUGGUCAAUGUACACCUUAUGAGUGAUACUUUGUUGCAUGGCUGGUGGCUGGUGUUGCGUCUGUUGCUUACCUUGCCACAGGUUCAUCGUGUUUCCCUGGCCUCUAUUCUAGCUCUAGGCUUGCAAAAUGACUUGUCAUCAACUUGCUGCCUUAUGUGUAAGAGAUCUCUUGCAUUUGUGGUGAGUCCACAGUUAGAAGAGUCAAGAGGUCUAUGUGCAUGGUGUUUGGACAUGGCAAAGGACAGCCUAGCAUGUUGGUUUCUAUGUGGGUACCCUUAUCCAAGUUCAGAGUCACAGUUGACAUCUCAUUUAUUGUCAACUCAUGCAAAUCAGCUGUCGGGGGGUUGGUGUGUUCUGUGUGGACAGUGGGUGAAAUGCCUUCUUUCUCAUGGUUUAGGUCACACCUAUGUUGAAAAGACCCUCUCUCAAUUUUAUUGUACUUUUUGUUCAGAAAAUAUGGUUGGCCAAAAUGUAAUAUCUUGGGCAGUGCACUCUUGGGCUGCUCAUGUCUAUCCUUGCCCGUUCCCUACCUGUGUCACCCACCACACAACAUCAGAUGGAGAGGGGCAACCCAGAGCAUAUAAGACAGUUUUACCUACUUCCAUGCAUUUGGCAGCCCAUAUCAAUGCCUACCAUCUCUCUACUGAAAAGCACUUGAGACUGGAUGAAAUUGGCUUGAUUCUACAAUGGGUGAGAGGAGGCCGGGGAGGAAUGCUGAUGGCAACAGAUGCUCAAUUUCUGAAUCCAGUUUGGCAUGAUCACACUGGGGAAAUAUUUACUUUGGUUCGAAAUCCACUGAACUUGCAUUUGUCUGUGACAGUGAAAGUUUGGUGCACAUGUGCUCUAUGUGGGUGCUCAACAUUCCUGGUACUUCGUUACAGAGAUUGCAGUCCAUCUCCUCUGUGUCCGGAGUGCUGUCAUGGUCUAAGACGCUGCCAAAUUGGACCACCGUGGAAAUGCCCUUCAAAGACUUGUCAUUUUAGUAUUCCUCAAGCUUCUGGUCUGUAUGUCCAUUUAAUGGAAUCUCCCAAACAUCGGCAUACCAUUAAGCCUAAUCUAAAAUAUGUGACUCUGCCCAAUCGAUGCUCCAAAUGUGAUGCACCUGAAAUGUUUCGAGACAGGUUGUCACUGUUCUGUCAUCAUCUUGUGUCACACACACUCUCCUGUCUCAUUUGUCCUUUCCAUGCUAUCACUGCAACCUCCCUGCAGCACCACCGAAAUACUUGCCAUGAUUUGAGAUCCUGGGACACAGUCUGGACAAGCCUUACUAAUAAGCACCAGCUCAGAGAAAAGUACAAAGGGUCAAAUCUUGAUUCUAAAAAACAAGAAAGCUGUUUGAUGCUUGUAGGUAUGAGCUCAACUGGGGGGGUGUUAGCACAGUGUGAUCCAUUCAUUGAUACUGCCCCUUUGAUGCAGGCAACACAGGAAAGUGUUGAGGUGGGACAAAGACAGCAGACAGGAAAGAUCACCAGCAUGGAAGAAUACAUGGAGAGUGAGGAUGAAGGUAAUGCUGGGUGGUGUGAGUCCUUAUGCAGUGUAUCUAUGUCUCCCCAUAAAUUGACUCCACCUACAAGUGACCCUACACUAAGUAUUGAAAGAACAAAAAUGAUCAGAAAAGAGAAAUUUGAAUCAGAACAAUCCACUGGUUCUAUUAAAAUGCAAAGUCUCUCAGAAAGUAUUUCAAAGUCCAGGAUAAAUGAAAUUGGUAGCACAGUCCCCACAUCUGUCGAAGCUAUUGAAGAAAAAGUUAAAGAGAUUGCAGAACCACCAAAAGAUUACGUUGAGGAAGAUGACAGUGGAAGUGAACCAUCUUUACAAAUAGACACAGCUGCUGCGUCUCCUAAUUCUCCACGUGGAUCAGGUCCACCUAGUCCAGGGUCUCCGGUGUUUGGCUCAGGUACUCCUCAGUCACGGACAGCCCCUGCACAAACUCCAACUAGGGUUUCAAACAUGAAUACCUCUGAGGAAACAGUAGGCUCUGACAAAAGCAAAGUAAUUGAAGAAUCAAGUAUUAAGAAAACUGAAAAAAGUAAAUUGAAUAAACAAGAGAAAUCAGAUCAGUCUCAAGCAGAAGGAGGAAUGUUAACAUUUGGAUUAGUUGAUGCUUUGAACAAUGUUGUUGCACAGACCUUCCGCACCAUGACCGAAGUUUUAACUGAACAACUGCAAAAGAAUGAUGAUGGAAAAAGUAAACCUGGUGGACAGAAUCCUGCUGAAAUGCCUGAACCAGACACUGAUUCUUCAUUGAUGAAGCCAACUUUGAAAGAAAAGGUCAGUAGAAGAGAAACAAAGCCCGUUCCAAAGGGUCUUGGAGAAAAUGCAGACAUUGAUGUAACCUCGAUGGGAGAAAAUAUUCUUCAAGACCUUAAUGACAAGUUCACUGGCCAAUGUGUUGGAUGUGGUGUCAGUGUCAUGUUGCCUCGUCUUCUGCUGCAUUUAAAUGAAGUUCAUCCCCAGUGUCUCAUUACAUGUACUUGUGGAGCUUUUCAGGGAAGUCUCAAUGCAUUCCUUGUUCACUCAUUUCAUCUUUCACAUUUGCCUAGUGAAGCUCGUCCCUUAAUGUUAUCAACACCAAAUGGGAGCCAGAAGACUAUGAUAGUUUUAGAGGCAAGGUCAUCCUCUUUGAUCUAUACUUAUCCAUGUUUCAAGUGUGGCAAGCGCUUCAAGCAGGAAAAAUCUAGGCAGCUUCACUAUAACCUUUGCAAAUUGGAAAAGAAGUUUGAAUGCGAGGUUUGUGGUGAAAAGUUUGUGAGAGACCACCAUCUUGUGAAGCAUAAAGAAUGGAAGCAUAAUCCUCAAACCUGCCCUCAUUGUGGUAAAGGCUUCACUUCAGAAGUAUCUUUAACUCAACAUGUUCUCCACAUACACAAAAAGUUGUUAACCCAUAAGUGUGAGUGUUGUGCAGACAGGUUCAGCACUCAAUCCAGAUUGAAAGUCCAUUCACGCAUUCACACAGGAGAGCGUCCACACAGCUGCCAGCGCUGCAAACAAGCUUUUGUGUCAAAAAACCUAUUAGCCAAGCACAUGGCCUCAGACCAUCCAGGACGGUCAUCCAAUUACCAGUCAGAUUCCAGUGAAGAUCUUAGCCAUUACAAAAGUCGGAAACGUAGAACAUCUUCUGACAAGGGAGAGAAGCAGAAAACUAAUCGGGAAAGUGAUUCAGAUUCAGAUGCUUCGGAAUUGGAUGGUCCAAAUACAGAAACAAUUAAAGCAACAAAUCCAGCUGAUGAUGACAAAAUAGCUGAGGAAGAAUUUCAAACAAGACUUGUUAUGUUAGCCAUGACUGAAUCAGAUUUGGAAACAUCAGAUUCUGAUUCAGAAGUUUCUACUUCCCAGCAUGGGAAACAACUAAGUAAGCAGAAGACUUUAUCUGUAAUUCCAGAAAGCCCAAGUGAAGAAUAUCAUAGUUCUCUGCUUGACAUGUCCAAAAGUCAAGAACAAAAAAAGAGAAAAAUAGCAGAAUGUUCCAGUAGUGUUGUUGGAGCAAUAGGAGGAUCAGUCACUGAGAAUUCUUCUUCAUUGGCUGUGCGAGAGGACAUGCUGCAAAUAGUAGAACGAGCAGUAGGUCUUCGCUGUGGGCCAUGUCACCUGACUUGGACUGACCCAGCAGGGAAGCUGCUCCACAUGUAUCUAGUUCAUCCACAACUUGUCCUAAACCUGGGACUCACAGAGUGUGCUUUUUGUAAUUUUUCUUUCUCCACAGCUGAUGAUAUUAAUGAUCACCAUUUGGCCCUCCAUCAACGAGCAAUGUUGCCAGAUGGGACGUUCCGCUGUUUGUGUGGUCUUGUAUUCCGUGAAGAUGGUGCAUACUAUUUCCAUCUGUACUAUGCCCACAAAGCCCAGAGGGCCCUCAAUGUAGGUGGAGAGAUUGUAUGUCGAGUGUGUGAUAACCGACCGCGUCUCAACAAGAUAGUUGAUUUAGUGGUUCACCUGAGUGACACACACACCAUGUUUGAUCAUGUAAGAGUUAAUGAUGCAUACAUGUGCAACUUUUGUUAUAAGGCAUUUGAGUCAUGGACUGUUCUAAGUUUACAUUUCUUUAUGGUACACAAAGCUACUAAGAGUCAGACCCAUAGUUAUGAUUGUCCAUAUUGUGAAGGAGCCUCACCCUGGCAUUCUCUUGAGGCACUGCAAUAUCAUUUGGACAAUGUUCAUCCCACUCGUCAUCGUGUGCAUAAAGUGCCAGAGAAUUCAUGCAGUAUUUACAUGCCAGCUUUACGGGCUGCAGCUACCUCACCUAGUGCAUCAAAGAACAAGAGAAAGAAGUCUGUAAAUAGUACAAGUAGUGGUGCAAAAUCUCCUCCAAAGAAACGUAAAAGGGCACCAAAGAAAAAAAUUUAUGAAGGAGCUAGCAUGGAAGCAGAUGAGACCUUGUACUGCAUUUGUCAAUGUCCAUAUGAUGAAGUGUCAGAUAUGAUUGGCUGUGAUAACCCCUCAUGUCGAUAUCAGUGGUUUCACUUUGAGUGUGUUGGGAUAAUGGCUGCCCCUGAAGGUAACUGGUACUGCCCAGAAUGCACCACUUCCCUCAAGGGUGCAGAUAAACAGAAGAAACAACAAAAGCAGCAACCCCAUGCUGAUCUUUAUGAAUAUUAUAGUAAUUUUGAGACUGAUCCUCAGCCUCAACCUCAAUCACAGUCUCCAGCCAAACCACCCAGCCAACGGCAGCGUUCUUCCUCCUCCUCCUCCUCCUCUUCCUCUUCCUCUUCUUCAUCAAGUGACUCCUCCUCCUCAUCUUCCAGUAGUGACUCAAGUAGUGACAAUGAGAAUAAUGAUAACAAUGACUGAAUCAUGUACCAAAAUUUAAAAUGUAUAGCUCAACUUUAUAGAUUUUCUCAUUAUCAGUACAAUACUUUUGAAAAUAGAAGACUUGUCUGAGGUUGUUAAUUGCAUCUAUUCUUAUUCAUGUAUUUUCUUACUCAGAUCACCCUCCUUUUAGUGUAUAUAGUUAUUCAAUUUUAAGUGAUUUUUUUGCCAUAAUUGUUCUUUGUAGAGUAGUAUUUCCAUGAGUUACUACUGUGGUGAUAGGAGUCUAGACUGAAGUACCGUACCUGAAAAAUGAAACUGGUUUAAAGCACUGCUAGGUGGUAGAAUAGCAUUUAUUAUCUAAACAAAGAUGUGUACUGGUGGCACUAAGUGCCAUGUAUUUGCCUUGGCAAUGAAUGAAGCUUUAUUAAUUCCAUUAUUAUUUGGGAUUUGAUUAAAAAUAAAUUAUUCCUAUGGUUUAUAGGAAAAUUCAAUUAAAAUACAAUUGGAUGUUGUGUUAGUCAGCUUCUUUUCAUGUAAUAUUAAGAAUGAUUAGGUGCCAAAUGCAUCAAAAUUAAGUUGUUGUUUCAUUCAAUUUUCAUGACACUGAAAAGCUAUAAUUUGAUUGAUGUUAUUUUAUAUAACAAUUUUGUUGAUUUGGAGGUUUUGGAUAUUUUAAAUAUUUGCCUUUUUAUAACCACGUGUCAUGAAACUCAGGAAGCAGUUUUAAGUGUAAUUUCUAAUUUGUUUUAUUCUUUUAGGGCAGUUCUCUGAAUAUAUUAAUAUUAACUAAUGAUAGUAAUUUUCUGGUUAGUUAUUUCAUUUUUUCUCAUUUUAUUAUUGGUGUUAUGCUAAUGGUGAUAAUGAUAAUAGUAAAAUGAAUUGCAAUGAUAUACAUAAAAAUUAAACAUUCUCAUAAAGAAAAGUUAAUUUUGCUCUUUGUCUUCAUAUCAUUCUAUGGCUGAUGCACACUGUAAAACAAGUGUAGAAAAUUCUGUACCUUUGUAUACUUGUUCCUGGAUCAUAUGAUUGUAAAUAGUCUGGCUUAUGUACAAAAUGUAUUAGUAAAUCUGAUGUAGCAAAAUA